AUGGGGAGAAAGAAGAAGAUGCCGGCUGUUUCUGGGCCAGGAAAUAAUGGAGAUUCUUCUCCUUUGGUUGCUUCUCAUGAUUCUGUGACUCAAGCGUCUAGCUUGGACACCACGCAACAGCUCACGUACGCUAUGGUAGAAGAAAUUCUUGCUGAACCUUCUUCAAUGGCGGACCCGAAAUUGGUUCAUCCCAGUGCUAGACCUAUUUCCAUUAGGCUACAAGAGGUAAUUAAAGAACACCAUAACUUCCUUUUUUCUGCUCCUAUUUCGAACCCUGUGGUUUCUGGAUCUGGAAUGUUAGAAGCAAUUUCUGCAAAAGCUAGCUCUGUUAACCCUGAAUCUAUGCGUAUUGUGAGUAGGAAAUUGAAUAUGGGGGGAGAUUCUGGGAUUCCUGUAGUUGAUAAACCUCAAAGCUCUUGGGCCAGUAAGGUUAGGGGUAGUUUACUUGCUACUAAAGGAAAGGCAUUAAGCUAUGUUGCUCCUGUGUGUAUUGGUGAUAAGGUCAUUGCUCAACUGCAGCAGCCAGAAAUAGAUAAAUGUAAUGCUCACUGGGCUAAUGCAGUAGUCAUGUUUGUAUUGGGUGAAACACCAACAAUUGCAUCUGUACUCAGGUUUAUUGCUAAGGAAUGGAGUCAAGUGGCAACCCCCAAAGUUUUCCUUCAUGAUGAAGGUUACUUUGUGAUUAGGUUCUGUUCUUUGGAAGAUAGAAACUCUAUUCUAUAUGCUGGCCCUCAGUACUUUUAUGGUAAACCAGCCAUCAUCAAGCAAUGGUCCUCCCACUUUAGCUUCCAGGAGGAAGUUUUGAAGGUUAUUCCUCUGUGGGUGAGGUUUCCAAAUCUACCUCUGAACUGUUGGGGAGAGGAUUCCUUGAGUAGGAUUGGCAGUGUUCUUGGAGUCCCCUUGUUUGCAGAUGAAUGUACUACACAGCAGUUGAGAAUAUCUUUUGCUAGGGUUUUGGUUGAAGUGGAUGUGACUAACCCUCUCCCUAGCUUCAUCACUAUUGCUGAUCCAUCUGGUCAGGAAUUUGAACAAACCGUUACUUAUGAUUGGAAACCAGACUACUGCAAGAAGUGUUUCCUGGUGGGACACAAUUGUGAGACUUCUGCUAAGAAAGCUAACAAUGCUAGACCCCCUGAGAAGAAGGUAGUGAAGAAGUGGGUUCCUAAAAAAGUUCAGCAAGCUCCACAGAACCAACAACAACAACAACUUCAACAGACCAAUCCUGUUGGCACUUCUGUUGUUGUUCACUCUGAUGAUGAUGCAGGGUGGAAAAUUGAUGCUAGAAGGACUAAGCACAGGGAAGCUCAACAAGUGAGGACAAUUACUCCAAUUCAAAACUCAUUCAGAGUUCUCACCCCUGAACAUGGUGGCAUAGAAGUUGUAGAUGAAGAAGGAGAGGAACACAAUGAUCUCCCCCCUGAUGAUAAUUUGUGCUUGGAAUUAAAUAAGGUGGAUGUGAUUGCUGUCUUAGAAACACGAGUCAAAGAGAAUAAUAAUAGUAAAAUUCAGCAGAAGCUAGGUGGUGGUUGGUCUUGGCACUGUAAUUCUGCUUGUAAUCCCAGAGGGAGAAUUUGGGUAGGGUGGAAGAAUGUGAAUGCUACUGUCAACAUUUUACUCACUCAUGAGCAAUUAGUUCAUGGGAAGGCUUUGUGGUCAUCCCUUUCUGGUAUCUCUGCUAUGGUUACUUCUUCUCCAUGGAUAGUACUUGUAGAUUUCAAUGCUGUUCUCUCAAGUAAUGACAGGGUUAAUGGAGCAUGUGUUACCACUUAUGAAACUCAAGAUUUUGAGAACUUUCUGCUGAACUCUAGAGUGAAUGAAUUGAGAAGCACUGGCCACCUUUUUUCUUGGAGUAAUAAGAGUUUGGGGGAUGCUAGGGUGACUAGUAGAAUAGACAGAGCUUUGGGAAAUGGAUGCUGGAUGAUGAAAUUUGGGCAUUUAGCUGUGGACUAUCUUAACCCUUCAAUCUCAGACCAUUCCCCUCUUUUGUUAAAAUUUGGUGAUGAUCAUAAAGAUGGGGGGAGGCCCUUUAAGUUUUUUAACUUUCUGGCAAAUCAUUCUCAGUUUGCAGAAGUUGUUGCUCAAGAUUGGGAUAAUCCUAUUAAGGGUACUCCUUUAAGCAAAGUUUGGUUUAAGCUGAAAAGGCUAAAACACAAACUGAAGUCCCUUCACAAAGAGGAGUUUGCAAAUAUCACUGUGAGAAUUCAAAAAGCUCAACAAGAGUUGGAAGAAGUUCAAAAUCAGUUAUGUUCUGAUCCUGCAGAUUUGUUAAUGCAAGUGGAAGAGAAGAGAUGUACUGGAAAUCUUAGAAAGUGGCUAUCUGUGGAAGAAUCUGCUUUGAAGCAGAAAUCUAGAAUCCAAUGGCUAGCUGAUGGGGAUUCUAACUCUAAGUUCUUUUAUGCUUCUGUCAAGCAAAGAAGAAACAUGAAUAGAAUCUCUUUGCUGUACACUACUCAAGGGCAUAAAAUUGUGGAUCCUGGGGAAAUUACUGUGGAAAUUCAGAAAUUCUAUAUGGCUCUUCUUGGUACAGCUGCUACUCACAUUUCUAAGCCUGAUCUCCCCUCUCUUAGAUCAGGCCCAAGAUUGUCUAGAGCUGCAGCUCUAUCUCUAUGUGUGCCAGUUACCACUGAUGAGAUUGACUUGGCUCUCAAGUCCAUUGAUGACAGUAAAGCUCCAGGGUUGGAUGGAUACAAUGCUGUGUUUUUUAAGAAAGCAUGGCCUUGGAUUAAAGAAGAUGUGUAUGAAGCUGUCAAGUUCUUCUUUCAGAAAGGGGAAAUGUAUCCUGGUAUGAACUGCACCUCUGUUACUCUGGUACCUAAGGUACCUAAUGCUUCCUGUGUUAAAGAUUUUCGUCCUAUUGCAUGCUGUUCCACUCUUUACAAAAUCAUAUCUAAGAUUCUUACUGCAAGGCUGCAAAAAGUUAUUACUGAAGUGGUCAGUGAAUGCCAAUCAGGGUUUAUCCCUGGGAGGUUCAUUGCUGACAACAUUUUGAUGACUGUUCUGCAAGAGCUAGGGUUCCCUCAAGUGUUUGUGAAGUGGAUCAUGACUUGUAUUACAACUGUUUCCUACUCUAUUCUCAUCAAUGGCUUUCCUAGCAAACCAUUCCAAGCAAAAAAAGGGCUGAGACAGGGGGAUCCUCUCUCCCCUUUCCUGUUUGCUAUUGGUAUGGAAUACUUGACAAGAUGUAUGAACCAAUUGAAGCAAAAUCCUGAUUUUAACUUCCAUCCUAGGUGUGAGAAGCUCAAUAUUACUCAUCUGAUGUUUGCAGAUGACUUAUUAUUGUUUGCAAGAGCUGACAAGAUCUCUGUACAAUUACUCCUUGAAGCCUUUUCCAAGUUUUCUUCUGCUUCAGGCCUUGAAGCUAAUAUGGAUAAAAGUAAUAUUUACUUUGCUGGUGUUUCAAUGUGUGACAAAACAGAUAUUUUAUCUGCUCAGAAAAUCUCAGAAGCUUGCCUUCCUUUUAGAUACCUUGGGGUGCCACUUUCCUCCAAGAAACUUUCCUAUCCUCACUGCAAGCCUCUAGUGGACAAGAUUCUGGCUAGAACUAAGGUGUGGUCAGCUAAGUUUUUGUCUUAUGCUGGCAGGUUGUUACUUAUCAAAACCAUCUUGUUUGGCAUGCAGACUUUCUGGUGUCAAAUUUUCAUUUUACCUAAAAGAAUUAUUAAGGAGGUUGAAGCUUAUUGUAGGUGUUUCCUAUGGUCUAGUGACACUGCAGCAUCAAAGAAAGCUCUAGUAGCAUGGGAUAAACUGUAUCAACCUAGAAAUUCUGGUGGCUGGAAUGUGAAGAAUAUUGCUGCUUGGAACAAAGUGGCCAUUGGGAAAUUGCUGUGGGCUUUGGCUUUUAAAAAAGAUAAGCUGUGGGUGCAGUGGGUUGAUAGCUUCUAUAUGAAAGGCCAAAAUCCUCUUCAAAUGUCCACUCCUGGAUCUUGUUCUUGGGCUCUUAAGAAGAUUUUUAAUAGCAGAGAGAUUAUUCUGCAAAUUGGUGGUUGGGACAAAGCCACUGCAAAUGGCAAAUACUGUAUCAGCAAGGUGUAUAAAUGCUUGCAGGGUGUUGCUCCUAAGGUUACUUGGUGGAGAGUAAUGUGCUAUAACAAAGCUAGUCCAAAAAGCUUGUUUAUUACUUGGUUGGCUAUCCUUAAUAGGCUUUACACUACUGAUAGACUUCAAGCUUGGGGGAUUCAGUGUUCUGAUCAAUGUGUGCUGUGCACAGAUGGGAAAGAAACAGUUGAACAUCUGUUUUUUGAGUGCAAGUUUUCUUGUGCAGUCUGGUCUAAACUGUUGUUGCAGAUUGGUAUUCAUAGAAGAGCUACUGGUUUUGCUUCUGAGUUGCAGCAAGCUAUGAAGAGGAGCAAAAAAGUUGGUGUUGCUGAUCAGUUGUAUGUCAUGUGCUUCACUGAAGCCAUCUAUAUUGUGUGGCUUGCUAGAAAUGCUGUAAUUUUUAAAAGGCCUACUAAGAGCAUAGACAAUAUUGUUAGGGAAAUUUUGUUUAAAGUUUGUUGUAGAGGUUCUGAGGAACUUAGGAGUAGGAUACUACACAUUUGA